UUCAGCGUGUUUCUGCGGUACACGAUCCACCGGGUAGAGGCCCAACAUGGCCGUGUGAUGUAUUUGGUAUUUUCUUUACUGUUUGCCAAACAUUUAGUUUCUAAAAGGUAGCCAAUAUAUUUUUUAAAAUCUAUGGUAUAAUAUUUACAGAAAAACAAAGUUAUUUCAUCGUCUACUGCAAUGAAACAUUAGCCAGAAAGAGGGUAGAAUAAAGAGUAAGAAGUCUUUAAAUGUCAGGACUUUUGGCAAUGUUGAAAGAAAAAGGGCACUUUUAUGUGAAUUAUUGAUGUUCGAUCUUUGAAAAUGUCAACUGACCUGAUAGUAAACUAAUCCUUGAAAUUUAAUGGAAAUGAUUGUCUAUAAUAUAUUGUCAUGUCUCAAAUACUGAAAAAUAAUCCUAAAAUGAAGUUACCAACCACAAACCAAGGAACUAUGCCUGUUCCACCUUCAGUGAUAAGCAAAAGUGGUAUGAUAGGUCCUUUAAUGAUGUCACAAUUACCAAGGAAUAUGGCUCAAUCACAAAUGAUGUCAUCUUCUAAUUCAUCUUCCAAUAACCUGCUGCAGAACUCACAGAGAAUGGCAAGAAAUGCUAACCACAACAACUCAAUGAACAGUGGUCUGCUGCAAAAUAAUUCUGCUAAUAGCACACCUAAUAACACCAAUAGCAACAAUGGUCCUACCAUGGGGACAACAUUGGCCAACCAGUCUCAUUCAGCUUCCUCUGUAGUAUCAGUUGGCUGUAGCACUGUUGCUGGUGGCCAUAAUAAUGAAGCAGUUGUUGUUUCUGCUGGCAACUCAACAACUGCCCUACCUUCAUCUUCUCAGUCCAGCUUAUCACAACAGCAGCAACCACCUCAAAAUUUGGCAAACACAAAAGAGAAAACCUCAAUGUGUCUAAUUAAUGAGUUAGCCCGUUUCAACAAGGUGUCACACAUGUAUACUCUGGUGGAUGAAAUUGGCCCAGCUCACAAGAAAACAUUUUUUGUGAAGCUGAAGCUUGGAGAAGAGGAAUAUUCAGCUUCAGGACCUAGCAUAAAGAAGGCACAACAUGCUGCAGCAAGUAUUGGUCUUGAAAAAACUGCUUACAAACAUCCUCCUCCCAAACCUUCACCUAAAAAAUUUAAUGGAGCUAACACCAUCACACCCACUGUUGAACUGAAUGCCCUUGCAAUGAAAAGGGGUGAACCAGCCAUUUACAAAACAUUUGAACAUCGCCAUCCAUUUUAUUCUCCCACACCCCACAACUAUGAUUAUAGAGGAUAUUACAAUCAAAGGUAUCAUUUCCCCAGGGUUUCUAAAAUGAGUUAUGUCUCUCUAAAAGUUGGUCAUCAUGAAUUCAGUGGUGAAGGUUUAACCCGCCAAGCUGCCCGGCAUAACGCUGCUGCUAAAGCACUUCAAGUCUUGCACAAUGAACCAAUUGUUAACACAAAAAAGAAAGAAGUUAUUGAGGAAUCAAACACUGAAGAUAAAGACCAAUUAAAAUCUGAAAUUAGUCUAGUCCAUGAAAUAGCUUUAAAGCGUAAUUUGACAGUCUCUUUUGAGGUUACUCGUGAAUCUGGUCCACCUCAUAUGAAAACUUUUGUCACCCAGUGUUCUGUUGGUGAGUUUGUUACAGAAGCUGAGGGAAACAGCAAGCAGGUCUCUAAGAAGAGAGCCGCCGAGUCAAUGUUGGAAGAACUGAAGAAUUUGCAACCUCUUCCUCCAACAUCAGUACGCCCAAAAGCCAAAUCAACCACUAGCAAGAAGAAAAAUAGGAACCUCAUAAAGAUGCAGAAGGCAGAUCCUAACUAUGGUGUUGGCAUUAACCCUAUUAGCCGUCUCAUUCAAAUCAGACAGGCUAACAAAAAGAAAGAACCUAUAUACUCUCUAAUUGCUGAACAUGGUCUCCCCUGGCGCAGAGAAUUUGUCAUGCAGGUAACUGUUGAUGACCAUGUAUAUACUGGUGUAGGACAGAAUAAGAAAUUAGCUAAACGGAACGCUGCUGAAGGUAUGCUUCAGUUGCUUGGUUACAGUCGACCAGCACCUCAGCCAGCAAAGCCUGCAAUCAAAACUGGAAGUAAUUCAGAGGGUUCCAACUGUGAUAAAAAAGUUACAUUUCUGGAUACAGAAGUUUCAUCAUCAUCUACGGGAGUUCCUGUGAAUGGGGCCGUUAAUGGCCGUGUUGGUUGUCAACUAAUGCCUGGUUUGUUGCUUGUACCAGAAGCUAAUUUGCAUGCUACCAAGUCUACAAGCGAAGAUAGUAGCAAUGUGAUUGGAUUAAAUGGCCGUCCUAUCACUGCAGUAACAAGUGCACUAAGACCUGAACAGCAACUACGGGAACUUGCACACAAGCAUCAGAUUGAGGUGCACUUUCAGAACUAUGCAGUUCAGCCAGACUUUAGUGGCAAGAAUACUCCUAGUGAAUGUUUGAGUCGAGUGUCUUUGUCCACUGACCCUCCACAAGUCCUACAUGGUACAGGGCCUACACUGGAAUCUUCUCGUGAUGCUGCUGCUCUUCAAGCUCUCAAGAUGUUGGCCGAGAAAGGUCUUUCUGUUGUGGUGAAUGAUAUAGAUAAAAAAAUGAAUAGUGGAGAUCGUUCUCCAUUGAAACUCGAUGGCUUUGAGAAACUAUCUAACUCUUCAGCUAAUAUCCAUACCGACCACCAGAACCCCAGCAUUGUCAGCGAGCAGCAACAGUAAUUGCCACCAUCACAUUUUGUUCUACUUACAAAAAAACAAAAAAAGCAACUUCUCCCUGUUACCUUCCUACUUCACUUCAGCCUUGUAUUUUCCUAUUUUAUUUAAAAUUUUUGUUACAGAUAUAUUACUAGCUGAACAUUAUACUACGUUCCUCAGUUAUUAAUUUAAUCAACACUGGCCACGUCAGUCACUACUCAUCAAAGAUAUUUGAAUUUAUUUAUAUACAUUUUGUUGAACUUUCAAAGUAGAAUUCCCCUUGCACAACCUGACUAUUAUUUUUACUAAUCUUAUUGUUGUCAUUGCUGGAGUAAGUUUCUUGGUGCAACAGUAAGUUCUUUGGCAAUUCCUGUUGGAACUGAUUCUCUUAUGUCGCUUAAUGUCUUUGGGAAAGACAUGAAUGCAACAACUUAAAUCUGAAGCUUUAUGCCUCCACCAAUGUAUUAAUAGAUAAUAAUAAUAACAAUAACAAACUUGAAUUACUAUCACCAUAUUGAUAGUGUAACCUAUAUUUAUAUCAUAUUAAUAAACCUACAGCACUACAUACAUACAUACAUGCACACACACACAGUUUCCUGGAGGGAUAGAUCAAAAAGCUUUAGAAUUAUUUCUUCAGCUUUGAAAUAAAAAUCUUGUGAGUUAAUACAGCCUAACUGUUCCUAUUUUGACUAGAAGGAAUUUUGAAGGGAUCCAGGCUAUAUUUCUAAAUGAACUGUUUAAAAAUUUCUGUUUAAUUAACUUUUAUGCAACUCAUUUCUUUGAUUUUUUUAAGAUUCCUUUUCUGUUUUAUUUAGUUAUUAAUGUUUAAUUAGGUUUUUUUAACAUUUAUAUUUAGCCUCCCCUCUGUGGAGCUAAAAUGGUUAUUUGGAUAAAGGAUUAGUAUGUUGAAAGUUUUCUAUUAUAUCUAGAACCUCCAAUAUGGUCUUAGUUUUAGAUGUUUGUUCAUAUUUUUCUAUCUGUGAUUGAAACAGUUACCUUUGCUAUCAUUGAUAUUGUGUUCUUAACUCUCAUCAGCAGUUCAUUUCAGUUGCUCAAUUGUUCUCUAAGUUAUUCUUUGAUUAAAUAAUUUGGUCUAUAUUAUAACAUUCUGGUGAGGGUGAGAAGAUAAAUAGAGAAUAGAGGAAGAAUAAAAUGUGUUGACUUUUAAAACACCUGCAAAAAUAAUUUCAUUUUCUUUUAAGGAAUAACAUUCAAAAUUAAAUCAGUCAUUUCUUUUUCAUCUUAAACUUUAAGUAUACUUGUUUCAAUUAGAACUAUGAAAUUAGAAGGGUUGUUGAUAUUGUGGUUCAAGUGUUUGUAUAAAAAUGUGUUACUGUUUGUUUGUGUAGGUAAACUGAGAUCAGUUAGCAACAAAUUUUCACCAGAUUUGAACAGUAUUUCUGUAAUGGAGUUGUUUCAUCAGAAAGCUUGAAAUACUGUUCAUUUCUUUGUGUUACUCAUGUUUUACUCUCUGUCUCCAUCCAUCAUAGACUGCUUAUGUAUGAAGACAGAAAGAAUACACUGGAAACCAACUUACUGACAGCAAGCUAAGUUAAUGAGAUGCUAACUUACUGGCAACAAGUUGGUACAGAUUAAUAAAAGCAAAACAAAAAAAAAACUUGUAAUGUGUCUCAAAUGAAGAAAUACUUUAAUGCUUGGCUAUUUUUGCUCUUUCUUUGUUAUUUAAGCUUAAUCCUUACUAAAAGUGACUUCUCAGACAAGGAGGUAAAAACAAAGAAUACCUCUGCUGAUUUUUAGAGCAUUUAUAGUUUAAAAAAUUAUAUUGUAUUUCAUCUUGCAAUGAUUUCAGAUUUUUGUUCAAACAGAAAGGAAAAAGAUAAUCAAAAAAGAGAAAAAGGGAAAAUCCAGAUAUUUUUGCCAGCCAUGGUUAGAAAGAGUGACUGACCUUUGCUUUCAAUUAACAUCGGAUUCCUUUGUUCUGAUGCUAGUUUAUCAACAACACAAAUUUUACAGUGACACUGUUUUCAAAAGUUCUGAACCAAAUUACAUAUUCUAAUAUCACAUUGCUGUGCUCAUAAGUAAAAAAAAAUAACUAUGAAUAAAACUUUUUGAAAGGUUGAUUCAUAUUUGGUAUUUUUCUUGUGCAAUUUAGGAAAAAUGCAGAUAUUAACAUUUAAUUCAUUAGGAUUAAUAGAGUUUAAAAACAGAAUGAGAAGUUCUUUGUGUUUAUAUUUAACUUCAAUAAAUUUCAAAUGUCUACUAGGUUGUCUUCUACUUAAAAGUUUUCAUAUGAAAGUCAAAUUUUGCAGCUUAAAUUUCAACUCCAGAACUUCUGUAUCUCAUUUUUUGUAAUUUUUUUUCCUCUUUAGUCAUUGAACACUAAAUAGGAUGAAGAAGAAGUUAAUUCUAUUCCAUUAUAUUAGCCUAUUCCUGACCAAAAUAUCCAAGUCAGAUAUUUUUCUCCUAUGAAAUAAUCCUAUUUCCUCUGUUUUUGUUAAUGAGCAGUAGCUUUGCUUGAUAUGUAACAGAUAGCAAAAGCCAACCAGUCUAUCAAGGAAUAUUUUUUUCCUAGUGUUAUUUUGAAAUUGAUCACAAAAUUUCUCUCGUUAUUAUUUUUUAUUCUGCAUGGCUUUUGUGUGUGGGGUGGGGUGGGGGUGUAUUACAUAUUAAUGGUUCAUUUUUGUAAAAAUUAGUUUUCUCUUAACAAAAUGUUGUGUGGUGUUCUAGUCAUUUCUUUGUAUUCACUUGAAAGUAGGUCCUUUAAAGUUGUAAAAGCAAGUUAAUGUCCAACUGUGGCUUCAUAGAAAAUUAAAUGUUUUGUUUUCUCUCUUUUAUCUUUCAUGUUGAUUGUUUAUUUAUCUAGCAUUAUGAAGUUGCAAGCAAAACAAACUGUUUGAAAACAUGAAAUAGUUCUUUUCUUUUUUUAACUUCUUUAUAAAUACAGCUUGCAUAUUGCAACAAUUGGAAGGCAGUGGAUUUAGUCAAAAUGGUAGUGUGCUAGUCUUACAGUGCUUAAUUUCAUGUUUUUAUAUUUUGAGUUCAAAUUCCAAAGUCAGCUUUAUAUUUCAUCCCUUCAGGACUGAUAAAAUAACCCUUUCAAAAAUUGGUCAUGAGAAAAGAGAUUCUCAAUCUUGUUACAAUUCAAAGGUAUAAUUACAACAAACUUUUUUUUAAAAUCUGAAUGGAAACAUUUUGUCACCUACCCCGUUGAUGACAAAGUUGAGUACCUUCCAUUUCUUUAUUCUUUACCUGUUUCUUCAGCUUAGACAAAAUCCAUUAAAGUAGCCUCUGGUCUCAUUUUUAAUAACAGCAGAGAAAACUGUACAUACAAAUAUGUAAUUAUGUAUGCAUUGUAGCAUUGGAUCACAUCCCCACUGCAGUACGCAUAGUGUUGUUGGCACACUUCAGAGAGCAUAUGAUGGGUAUGAAAACUGAAAUAACACAUCUACAUUGAUACCUGGACAUAUCUUCUCACUAUGAAGAAGUAUUGGACAGUUAUCUUAUUUCCACACUGUCUUUAAAACUGUUUCUCUACAGAUUAGCUUUGAUGUACUGUGGACACUUUUGUUAUCCUAUCAACAUCAACUCUUUUCUGUAUGAUGGCCUAUUGCAGCUCUUUUGGCCAAACAAUAACAAGAAAAUAAGCCCCAACAUUUUUAUAUGCUGUGAAAAUGUUGAGUGGGUGAAUGAACAAGUAAUCCAUUUUUUCUCCUCCCACAUCCCCCCCAUCUACAACAAAACUUUUAUUUAUUUCAUUUUAUUUAUUUUUGACACUCUUUGUUAGAGAAACUAAUUUUCAUUAGGAAAAAUUAUUUCAAGACAUGGACUGUACUUGUCUUCUUUUACUGCCAAUAUCCAGAUGUUUGUUCACCCAGAAAGAAUUAACAAAAUAAAGAAAAAUUUUUUUUAAAAAACUAAAUUAAAAAAAAAAACAAUCUUAUUGGCAAAACUUUUUUUUUUUGUUAAUUAUAAUUUCUUGACUGAGUUCUUGAAAUUCAUUUCCUUUUCUUUGUAUCAGCUACUUUCUAAAAUAUACAUUCUCUAAAAAAAAUUAAAUAAAUAAAUAAAAAAUGGCAGAUUUUGUUUUUCUCCUAAUAGUGGUGUGGGAUGCUUGCUGACUUUUGCAACCAGGCUUCACUUUAGGAAUAGCAUGGCUAAUUUGCAAAUGAUUGUCCAGACAUUUUCAGUGAACAUGUCUUUGACUUUCAAAGUAAUAAAUACUCAAGUACUAUCUAA